UAGUAAUAGUGUUUUUGAUAGAUGACAAAAUUUACUUAUGAUUUCAUGGGGUUAAAAUAAAAUAUUUUCGAAAAUGUACCAUAUUAUUCGCCACAAUUCUCUUCAAUCAUCUUUCAGUGCUGCAUACUUAGUCAAAUUAAAAAUCGGGGUCAUUACAUCCAAAAAUUGAGUGCCAAUGUGUCAAUAAUUAGUGUAAAACUAACACGUUUCAAUAUCGCUAAAUAGUUUACCAUAUUAGUUAAUUAUACCGCUAGUCAGUUAAAGUUUAUCAGCGAAUGAUGCGAUAAUAUUUAUCUAAGUUAUGUAUAACUACGACUUGGAAGAGCGAAAAAUGAAUAGUUCACUCCGGGACUGGCGCAAAGCACUACGUACGCCCGCCACAUACAGGGUCGGUAACGCUGUGACAUUGCAGCCCCGCUUGAUAUUUUUAGUCGGAAUGAUUGCCGCAUUUCUUUUAAUAUUAUUUUAUUGUAACUGGACGAGCAGCCAGCCUCAUAUUGUACAGAAAUGGAGUAGUAUCACAAGGCCAUACAAUGCUACUUAUCCGUUGACGAAACCUGUAGUGUCAGGGGAUGUGGUGACGUUCAGAAUUGGUAUAGUGGCUGACAUGGAUACUAAUUCGAAGAGUAGUACACAUCCUUAUACAUUCCAUAGUUAUCUCAAGAAAGGAUUGCUGCAUUAUGAUGCGGUGAAGAAACAUGUGGCUGUUGCGUGGGACAGUCAGCCAGCGACACUUCUAUCCUCUACUUACUCUCACAAGGGUAGAGGAAUGGAGCUGUCGGAGCUGAUUGUCUAUGAUGGGAGACUGCUGACAUUUGAUGACAGAUCAGGAAUGGUAUUCGAAAUAGUGAAUAACAAGAUGAUACCGUGGGUGAUACUGAUGGAUGGGAACGGUCACGUGGAGAAGGGCUUCAAAACAGAGUGGGCAACGGUGAAAGAUGAGAUCCUUUAUGUUGGCUCCAUGGGGAAGGAAUGGACUACCGCUGCCGGUGAUUUCCAGAGCUAUGACCCUAUGUGGGUGAAAGUCAUUAACAUACAUGGAGAGGUCCAACACUUAUCCUGGAUAAACCAAUACAAAGCCAUCCGCAGCGCGAUCAAAAUCCAAUGGCCCGGCUACAUGAUCCACGAGAGCGGAGCGUGGUCACCCGCGGCCCGCGAAUGGAAGUUCCUGCCGCGGCGGUGUAGCCGCAGUUCCUAUAACGAGACCAGGGAUGAGGUCAUGGGCUGCAACUAUCUUAUUACUGCGGAUGCUGCUUUCGACAAGGUUGAAGCUGUCGAGAUAACAAAACACCAGCCGAAACUGGGUUUCUCCUCAUUCAAGUUCAUCCCUGGCUCCAACGACGAGGCCAUAGUGGCCUUGAAGACCACAGAGUUCGAGGGUAAGACCGCCACAUACAUAUCAGCUUUCAGAACGGACGGCACGGUGCUACUACAUGACACGCUAGUAGAAAAUUUGAAGUAUGAAGGCCUGGAGUUUAUAUGAAUAAAUUAAUUAAUAGGUAUUUGUAUAUAUGUAUAAUAAACGUUUAGUUUUGUUA